UAAUGCUUGCUAAUUUUUCUCCAACAAAACAAAAUAAUAUUAGUAGCCCCCAUUUUCCGGGUCUCUAUAUCCAAUCCAAUUCUUCAAUUCAUUAUCGAUGAAUCAAAGCUAAGGGUGAAACAAAUAAAAGACCUGAGAGAGGCCAGCUGGGUACGUAACACAGAAUCAAAUUAAAGUCUCAUUCUGUGGUUGAUCGAGAUAUGACGAUGGGAACGGUGGAGCCGCUGCCAAAAACCAACGCCGCCGCCGACACCAACUCUGAUGCGCAGAAGAAGAACAGGAUUCAAGUGUCCAACACCAAGAAACCCCUCUUCUUUUAUGUCAAUCUUGCUAAGAGAUACAUUCAGCAACAUAAUGAGGUUGAGCUCUCUGCUUUGGGCAUGGCAAUCACCACAGUUGUUACCGUUGCUGAGAUUCUGAAGAACAACGGAUACGCAACUGAGAAGAAGGUUAUAACAUCUACAGUUGGAGUGAAAGAUGAAGCAAAAGGCCGCAUGGUUCAGAAAGCCCGGAUUGAGAUUGUGCUAGCCAAGACGGAGAAAGUGGAUAAGCAGAUGGCUCCACAAAACAGCAACACUAAUGUAGCAACCACAGCAGGAGGAGCCCAAGAUCAGGCACCUAAGAAUAUUGGGUCCACGACGACGGUGAUGUCCGCCGCCGGCGAGGAAAACAAGGUGGCGCAGCUGCAGUAGCUUCCUAAUUCGCCGCCCACUAGCAUCAGAUGCCAGUACAAACUCAUACUUUCUGUAUCUCAGUCUAGAUAUGAGGAGGAUCGGAUCAACACCAAAAUUCCAUUAUCUUUCUUCUAUAUAUAUAUACAUAUAAUUGUAUUCACAGUCUUUAAUUUGUUAACUACUAUAAACUAUAUAUUUAUCUAUAUAUAUAAAUCUUAGAUAGCGAAGCCUUAGCGAAGCGAGCUAGGCAACUGGAUCGCCCGUUGUGUUGCGGUUAGGCUUUGUUGUAUCGUUUUUGCAAUUUUAUUCUUUAAUUUGUAUGUUCAAACCCUUGUAUCUUCUCAAGGUACAGCAUAUAUAUACACACUAAUAUACACAUGUGGUGUUUUUAUUUGUGUUCUUGUAUCACACUGGCGAAGCCAGAAAUUCUUUUCAGUCAAUCAAUAAUAUAACUUCAUAAUAUUUUUA